GGGAUCUUGAAAUUAUAUUUGGAUUCUAGGGAGGGGCGUGGAAUAACAGUGAAUAUGCCAUGGGGGAGCCAAACACGGCAGUGUAAUUUCUUUGUUUAACCAUCUCCAAUCCAUUCCCUGUCGGCUUGUUCUCUUCUACCACACUCAUAAUCACCUUACUAAUCCCAGUAAACAUAAGCACAAACACAUUAUUAAUUAUUAAUAAUUUUAUGUGUCCAAAUAAAUUGCCUGCCGGCGUUAUUAAUACACCAUAAUCAUAAUGGGAAGUAGCGGGUAUUGGCUUUCACUAUAAAGCAGCUGCCCGCUCAUUGGCGUCAGAUUUUCCGGCAAGUUUACAGAUUUCCCCACCAUUCCACCACCCUGAUCUCGAUUGCUACGCUGCCCUUUACCUGGCAGCUGUAGCUUCUCUACUUUUUGGAAAAUUUACCCGCCCUCCUGUUCUUUUCUUGAUUGCCCGGCCAGUCUCAGCCGUUUUCCACCGCCGCAAGCGGCUGAGCACAUGAUCUUGUAGUCUAGUAGAGAAAAAGAGGAGCCUUGAAUGAACAGGGAGCUAAUCAAGGUGACAGAAAAGAUUCAACUUUGGCACCACUUUAGGUUACCCAAAGAAAAUCUAUGGAAUUUACAGCUUUCUUUCAACAUUCUCAAGAAGUUUGUAGGUAGCAGAAAGGCUUGUUUGUUGAGACCCCUUUGACUUGGGGGCUCAUUUAGGAAUUAGAGGCCUUUCCUGAGAAGUAAAGGCACAACACAGUACCAGUGAGUCUCUUCUUUUUUUACUGCGGUUGGAAAGUGUCUGAUUGAAGAAAGUAAAGAAGCUUUAGCAUAAAUUUCGGUUUCAUCAUAUUCUUUUUUCCAGAAAUGAAGAUUCCAUCGAAUGGGUAUAUUGCAAAUCCAGGGGAAGGAGAGAGAAAGUUGAUAAAUUCAGAGUUGUGGCAUGCCUGUGCCGGUCCAUUAGUUUCUCUGCCAGCUGUGGGAAGCCUUGUGGUGUACUUUCCGCAAGGCCACAGUGAACAAGUAGCAGCAUCAAUGCAAAAAGAGACUGAUGGAAUUCCAAACUAUCCAAACCUUCCCUCCAAAUUGAUCUGCAUGCUUCACAAUGUCACCUUACAUGCUGAUACUGAAUCUGAUGAGGUGUAUGCUCAGAUGACUCUUCAACCUGUAAACAAAUAUGAUCAGGAAGCUUUGCUUAUAUCAGAUAUGGGCUUAAAGCAAAACAGGCAACCUUCUGAGUUCUUCUGCAAGACACUGACAGCUAGUGAUACUAGCACUCAUGGUGGUUUUUCAGUUCCCCGCCGGGCUGCUGAGAAGAUAUUCCCACCUCUGGAUUACUCAAUGCAACCUCCUGCUCAAGAGAUAGUAUCAAGAGACUUGCAUGAUCAAACAUGGACCUUUCGACAUAUAUAUCGAGGGCAACCGAAAAGGCACCUAUUGACUACAGGUUGGAGUGUUUUUGUGUCAUCUAAAAGACUAUGUGCUGGUGAUGCUGUCCUUUUCAUAAGGGAUGAAAAGUCUCAGCUCCUCUUGGGUAUACGUCGUGCUAACCGGCAACAACCUGCCCUUUCAUCAUCAGUCAUAUCCAGUGAUAGCAUGCACAUUGGCAUACUUGCUGCUGCUGCACAUGCUGCUGCUAACAAUAGCCCUUUUACCAUUUUCUACAAUCCCAGGGCUAGUCCUUGUGAAUUUGUCAUCCCACUUGCCAAGUACAAUAAAGCCAUGUAUGCUCAAGUAUCGCUAGGCAUGCGGUUUAGGAUGAUGUUUGAAACUGAAGAGUCUGGGGUCAGAAGGUACAUGGGGACCAUCACUGGUAUCAGCGAUCUCGACCCUGCUCGUUGGAAAAACUCUCAGUGGCGUAAUCUUCAGAUCGGAUGGGAUGAAUCAACAGCUGGGGAACGCCCAUCUAGAGUUUCAAUAUGGGAUAUUGAACCAGUUGUUACUCCUUUCUACAUAUGCCCUCCUCCAUUUUUCAGACCCAAAUUUCCCAGACAGCCGGGUUUUCUUGGUGACGAGCCCGAUAUGGAGAACGUUUUUAGAAGAGGAGGCGGGAUGCCAUGGAUAGGGGAUGAGUUUGGUAUAAAAGAUGCUUCAAGCUCAAUGUUUCCCGGGUUGAGCUUAGUCCAAUGGAUGAGCAUGCAGCAGAACAAUAACCAACCUGUCGGAUUAAACCAAAACGGCUCUAUACAAGGGAAUCUGUCAGGAACUGAAAACCAGUCCAGACUGAUGAACUUCCAAUCACCAGCUUUCCCUCCACAGAAUCUUCAGUUCAACAAACCGAACCAAAUAAACCCGCAAGUUACCACUCCCCUACAACAACAGCAGCCAUCUCCGACGUGGCAUUCUUUAGCUGCCCAGCAACAACCUUCACAACUUAACCACCAGCAGCAACAACAACAGAACUUCAAUUUUAAUGGUUUAAAUAACGGGGUAGUCAACUCUAAUUCACUGCAAAACCAAAAUUUACAGCAAAACCAGAAUUUACUACAAAAUCAGAGUUUACCACAAAACCAGAAUUUACCACAAAACCAGAAUGUACACCCUCAGCAGCAGCAGCAACUGAUGAUGGGAAACAUACAGUACCCAAUGAAUCCCCAAGCGACUAUCAAAACUGCCUUCCCAAACACAUCCUUACCUCAAGAGUUGAAGUUUCAGCCAUCUCAACAACAGCCACAACAAUUACAACAAGCUUCUCCACUGCAGCAGUUGCUUCAACAAAGCAUAAUGCAGCAGCAGCAGAGGCCACAAACACAGCAGCAGCAGCAACUCUUGUCUCCGGUUAGCUCCAACACGGACCCGCUUCUGACCCAACAACAACCUAACCGUCAGCUUUCACAACCUCCCCCGCUUCUACAAUCUCCAAAAUAUGCUCGAGGCCCGCAAAAGCUGCCGAGUAUCAUCAAAGCCGCCCAUUCUGGGCUGACUGACGGGGAUAAUAAUUCCCUACGGUCAGCCUCACCCUCCACAAAUAACAGCCAGCUGUUUCCGUCUAACUUCCUGAACAGAAGCCACCAACCACCUGCAGUGGUGUUGCUGGACGACGAUCCCAUAGUUGAACCUGCAAAAAAACAUGAGAUUCAGUCAAAACGCAUGAUAUCCACCAUAGUCUCAAAAGGAACUGAUAAUAACUUGGAGGCGACCUCAUCAGCGACGUCGUAUUGCUUGGACGCCAGUGGGCUCCAGCAGAACUUCUCUUUGCCUGGAUUCUGUUUGGAUGGGGAUAUCCAGUCGAAUUCUAGGAACAGCAUGCCAUCUUCCGUGGCUAAUAUCGACAGUCUUCCGCCGGAUGCUUUGUUGUCGAGGGGUUACGACUCUGGGAAGGACAUGCAAAACUUAUUCGUAACAUACGGGAAUUCUCCUGCUAGGGAUAUUGAGACGGAGCUGUCAAGUGCCGGGAUUCAUUCUCAGUCAUUUGGUUUGCCAGAUAUGUCUUUUAAAGCUGGGUGCUCUAAUGAUGUUGCUAUCAACAAUGAGACUAGUGUGUUGAAUGGUGGGGGUCUGUGGAGUAAUCAGACUCCACGCAUGAGAACAUACACCAAGGUUCAAAAGCGGGGAUCCGUAGGAAGAACAAUCGAUGUCACACGUUACAAGGGGUAUGAUGAGCUAAGGCAGGAUCUGGCACGCAUGUUUGGGAUCGAAGGACAAUUGGAAGACCCUCAAAGAACAGAUUGGAAGCUUGUCUAUGUAGACCACGAAAAUGAUAUAUUGCUUGUUGGUGAUGAUCCUUGGGAGGAAUUUGUGAGUUGUGUACAAAGCAUAAAAAUACUGUCAACUGGAGAAGUGCAGCAGAUGAGUUUGGAUGGAGAUCUUGGGCCAGGCCCAAACCAAGCUUGUAGUGGGACUGACAGUGGUGGUGCAUGGAGAUGAUGAAACUAUACACACAAGUUACUGCUUACACAUUCUUUAAAAACAAUAUGAAAGUAUUCAAAGAUUGAGAAGCUAACUGGACUGGCCAUGCAGCCAGUGUUAAAAAGCCCCUUUCAAGAUAGUAAUGGAGCCAGCCACUGUAUCAUAUUGCUCAAUUGAGCCAUAGACUCAAACGGAGGUCUGGGAGCACUUUCAUAUGAUGAUUCUUGCUAGGAAAUGUAAAGCUGCUUUCAGUGUAGAAAGAGAGGGAGUUGUAUUAUACUCCGGUUUUUGGGGUUUAUGCACUUCCUAAGGUGUUUUUUGCCCUGAAUCCCGGGAAGGACCAUUUACUAAAGCCAUGAUAGGCCGUAUAAUGAACCUAUGUAUGUUAUGAACAGACGUUGCUUAGUAUAAUUAAGUCAUACUUCCCCAAACAUUCUCAUGUGAGUUAGCAAAUUUUUUCAAAAUCAUAUAUUGCUUAUUUUUUCAUUUUUGGUUAUUGAGUAUACAAUAAUAUUCCUCCGUUUCAUAAAAGUUGCAACAUUGGAAUUUCUGCACUAUUCACACACCUUACUUUGACUACGAUUUUCUAAUAAUAUACUACCUCCGUCCCGCUAUGAUUGUCCCAUUUUAUCUUAUCGGCCCGUCUCACUAAGAUUGUUCCAUACCAAAUUUGGUAAAGUUUGUGUGGC